AUGUACUGCCUGCUACGGGGCAGGGGCCCGGCCUGCGCUCACUCGGGCAUCGCCCGCCGCCGGGGCCCUGCACGAGGCGCGGCGAGGCGCGGCCGGCCCGGAACUGCCCUUCCCCCCGCAGGCGCCGCGCGAGCGCCGCCGACAGCUCCUCCGCCGCCUCGGCACGCGGCGGGUCAAAACUGCGGCCCUCCGGCCGGCCUGCGAGCACCGGGCUCUGCACCGACCCCGGUGGUCACCCCCCGACGAAGAGCGCGGCUCCGCGCCCCGUCAGGUCAUGGAUCCUCGCGGGAACUCGGUGCUGCCUGCAGGGACACAGAGAGGGAGAAGCGAGUUACCGCCGGGACUCCGUGGGUGCCGAGACCGACGCGGCCCGCCUUUCGGGCUCGGCCCUUGAGGUUACCUCCAGCCGCCGCCCCGAGCGCGGGUUCCCUCCGGCCUCCACCUCCUCCUCCUCCUCCCAGCUCUGCUGCCGCCGCCGCUGCCGGAAAAGGCGCCGAGGAAACCGCCUCACUUCCCCUCCCGAAUGCGCAGGCGCACCUCCGCCCCGACCGUUCGGAAGAGCGCGACCUCGGAAAGGAGAGUGGCCCGCGCGCUCAACGUCACGGGCGCCACGCGCCGGGGGGGCGGGGCUACGGCGGCUCGCGGGGCUCACGCGGGCGCCUCGCGGAACCUGCCGGCGUUUGGCUGGCGGUUCGCCCACCUGUCGCUCUGCGAGGGUCCCCGCGGUUUUCCUUCGCCGCCGCUCGAAGGCGGGGCGCAGAUCCACGGAGGGUGGGCUUCGUCGGUCCUUAGGACCAACGCCCCUCACCUGCGCCGCCCGGACGCCCUGCGCGAAGUCCCUCCCGCUCGCCCCAGCCCUGAGCACCCGGGUCUCCUU